AUAUGACCUUGUAUAAUAACACCUGUGGGCACUAUGUGUGUGUGUACAUUGUGUACUGUGUGUAGUCUACAUGUAAUGUACUUUAUACUGACUGUGAUGUGUUGUUGGCUACAUAUCUGUUUUCCUCAGGCCGCUGUUCGAGCCCAGAAAGGAGAAAAAGGAGAACAUGCUGUUCUAGAGCCUGGUAUGCUGAUCGAGGGACCUCCCGGAUCAGAGGGUCCUGCUGGUCUUCCCGGUCCCUCCGGCUCCUCCGGGCCUCCCGGCUCCGUAGGAGAUCCUGGCGAGAGGGGUCUGACUGGGAGGGCGGGGCUCUCUGGAGCUGAUGGUCUCCCUGGACCUCCUGGUACCUCCGUCAUGCUGCCCUUCCGCUUCGGCCAGAGUGGAGGAUCUAAGGGACCCUCGGUGUCAGCUCAGGAAGCUCAGGCCGCGGCCAUCUUGUCUCAGGCCAGGAUGGCGCUGAAGGGACCGUCCGGAGCCAUGGGCUUCACCGGCCGCCCCGGACCCAUGGGGAACCCUGGGAGUUAUGGGUUCAAGGGCGACGGCGGAGACCCCGGAGCCCAGGGCCCGAGGGGUCCUCAGGGGCUAUUGGGACCUCCCGGCAAAUCAGGAAGAAGGGGUCGUGCUGGAGCCGAUGGCGCCAGAGGCAUGCCAGGAGAGUCAGGGUCCAAGGGCGACCGUGGGUUCGACGGGCUGCCCGGUCUCCCUGGCGAUAAGGGCCACAGGGGCGACACGGGACCCAUGGGCCCACUGGGCUCUCAGGGAGAGGACGGAGAGAGGGGCGACGACGGAGAGCUGGGACAGCGAGGACUCUCAGGUGAACCCGGACCUCGUGGAUUGCUGGGACCUAAGGGCCCUCCUGGGAUUGGUGGACCUCCGGGCCGUCCGCUGGGUAACGACGGGACCCCACUGGACCCCAAGGGAAACCUGGGACCACAAGGAGAGCCAGGUCCUCCAGGCCAGCAGGGAACCUCAGGGACUCAGGGCAUGCCAGGACCUCAAGGAGCCAUUGGACCACCAGGGGAGAAGGGCCCCACAGGCAAACCGGGGCUCCCAGGGAUGCCCGGAGCCGACGGCCCCCCGGGUCACCCAGGAAAGGAGGGCCCCUCUGGAACCAAGGGGAACCAGGGCCCCAGCGGCCCCCAGGGGACGAUAGGGUACCCAGGGCCCCGAGGACUCAAGGGAACUCAAGGCAUUCGCGGUCUGAAGGGACACAAAGGAGAGAAGGGGGAGGAUGGUUUCCCAGGAGUUAAGGGAGACUUUGGAGUCAAAGGAGAGAGGGGCGAGCUGGGUGUCCCAGGCCCCAGGGGGGAGGACGGUCCCGAGGGGCCCAAGGGCCGCGUGGGGCCCCCGGGUGAACUGGGACCCAUCGGUCUGGUCGGAGAGAAGGGAAAACUCGGCGUUCCCGGCCUUCCUGGUUAUCCUGGAAGACAAGGGCCGAAGGGUUCUCUUGGAUUCCCUGGGUUCCCCGGGUCAAACGGAGAGAAGGGAGCCAGGGGUCUGGGCGGCAAAGCUGGACCACGAGGACAGAGAGGACCAACGGGACCCAGAGGACAGAGAGGGCCAAGGGGGGGUACCGGUAAAUCCGGAGCCAAGGGAACCUCAGGAAGUGACGGACCCCAUGGACCACUAGGAGAGAGGGGUCUGCCCGGCGCCCAGGGAGCCAACGGAUUCCCCGGACCCAAAGGACCUCCCGGCCCUCCAGGGAAAGACGGACUGCCCGGUCACCCAGGACAGAGAGGAGAAGUGGGUUUCCAAGGUAAAGUGGGACCACCAGGACCCCCUGGAGUUGUCGGACCUCAGGGCCCGUCAGGAGAGACCGGUCCAUUGGGAGAGCGGGGCCACCCAGGGCCCCCGGGACCCCCUGGGGAGCAGGGUCUGUCAGGACCUUCAGGGAAAGAGGGCACCAAGGGAGACCCCGGUCCAGCAGGAGGCCCUGGCAAGGACGGACCCGCAGGCCUGAGGGGCUUCCCUGGGGAGCGAGGCCUGCCCGGCACCCCCGGAGGCGGUGGUUUGAAGGGAAGCGAAGGACCUGCUGGACCCCCUGGACCCGCGGGGUCCCCCGGAGAGAGAGGAGGCGCCGGCACCGCUGGCCCCAUCGGACCCCCCGGCCGGCCAGGCCCCCAGGGGCCCCCCGGAAACGCUGGGGAGAAAGGAGGACCUGGUGAGAAGGGUCCUCUGGGGCCAGCAGGACGAGAUGGAGUCCAGGGGCCCGUUGGUCUGCCCGGAGCCGCAGGAACCCCUGGGGUGCCCGGAGAGGACGGAGACAAGGGUGAAGUUGGAGAGCACGGCCAGAAGGGGGCGAAGGGAGGCAAGGGCGAGCACGGCCCUCCCGGACCACCAGGACCUUUGGGCCCCGUGGGCCAGCCUGGAUCCGCUGGAGCCGACGGAGAGCUGGGACUCAGGGGGCAGCAGGGGCCGUUCGGCUCCAAGGGAGACGAAGGCUCCAGAGGGUUCCCCGGGGCCCCCGGACCCAUCGGACUACAGGGCCUUCCAGGACCCUCCGGAGAGAAGGGUGAGACCGGCGAUGUUGGACCCAUGGGCCCCCCCGGACCCCCUGGCCCACGCGGCCCUGCUGGUUCCAGCGGCGCUGAUGGUCCCCAAGGACCCCCCGGUGGGAUAGGUAACCCUGGACCCCUGGGAGAGAAGGGAGAGGCGGGUGAGGGCGGACCCCCGGGUAUUGGAGGAGAGCCAGGGAAGAAGGGUCCCCGUGGAGAGCGAGGGGAGAAGGGAGAGUCGGGGCAACCGGGACUAUCCGGUCCAUCCGGAGGACGAGGAAGACCAGGAGACGACGGACCUAAAGGAAACCCGGGUCCCGUUGGUUUCCCUGGCGACCCCGGACCCCCCGGAGAGCUCGGACCCAGAGGUCAGGACGGAGCCAAGGGAGACCGAGGAGAGGACGGAGAGCAAGGAGAAGCUGGUUCCCCGGGACCCACCGGAGAGAACGGACCCCCUGGACCUCUUGGGAAGAGGGGCCCUGCCGGAACCAAAGGACCCGAAGGAAGACAGGGGGAGAAGGGAACCAAGGGAGACUCCGGCGCUGUCGGCGCCCCAGGAAAGACGGGCCCCGUGGGGCCCCAGGGACAGCUAGGGAAGCCCGGAACCGAGGGCCUCAGGGGCCUGCCCGGAUCCGUGGGGGAGCAGGGGUCUCCUGGCCUGACCGGACAGAAGGGACCUCCAGGACCUCUGGGUCCUCCUGGUCUGCCUGGGCUGAGAGGAGAUCCAGGCUCCAAGGGAGUGAAGGGUCACCCGGGUCUGAUCGGUCUGAUCGGACCCCCCGGGGAGCAGGGCGAGAAGGGAGACCGGGGCAUGAUCGGCUCCCACGGCACCGGGGGACCAAAGGGAGAGACCGGUCUGUCUGGAGCCACCGGACCACUAGGACCCUCUGGACCCCCCGGUCUGCCUGGUCCUCAAGGAAUCAAGGGAGCGAAGGGAUCCAGUGGUGGAUCAGGACCCAAGGGAGAGAAGGGUAUACCUGGCGCUGCUGGACCCCCUGGCCCCCCCGGCGACGUCAUCCAGCCACUGCCCAUCCAGCGCAGCCCCAAGUCCAAGCGCUCCAUCGACGCCAGCAAGAUGAUGUGGGAGUCGGAGGCGGAGCAGGCGGACGCCCCCGGGGCGGCGGCGGCGGCGGGCGGCGAGGGCCUGGAGGAGAUCUUCGGCUCGCUCAACUCGCUGCGGCAGGAGAUCGAGACCAUGCGCUUCCCGCUGGGAACCCGGGACAGCCCCGCCCGCACCUGCCAGGACCUGCUGCUCAGCCAGCCAGGGCUCCCCGACGGAGAGUACUGGAUCGACCCCAACCAGGGCUGCUCGCGGGACUCCUUCAAGGUGUUCUGUAACUUCACCAGCGGAUCGGCCGAGACCUGCCUGUACCCCAGCCGGGCCAGCAACACUGUGAAGAUGGACACCUGGGAGACGGAGACCCCCGGGUCCUGGUACAGCAGCUUCGCCGCAGGAAGCAAGUUCUCCUACGUGGACGCCAGCGGGGAGCCGGUGGGCGUGGUCCAGCUGGGCUUCCUGAGGCUGCUGAGCGUCCAGGCGCGUCAGAACCUCACCUACCACUGCCAGCGUUCCGUGGCCUGGGCCGACCGCAGCGCCAAGGACGGCCACCAGAGGGCGCUGCAGCUGCAGGCCGCCAACGACGAGGAGCUUAGCUACCAGACCUACCCCUACAUCAAGGCCCUGGUGGACGGCUGCUCUUACCGUAAGGGCCUGGACCGGACGGUGCUGGAGGUGAACACGCCACAGGUGGAGCACCUUCCUCUGAUGGACGUCAAGGUGACAGACUUUGGGGAGAGCAACCAGCAGUUUGGUCUGGAAGUCGGACCUGUUUGCUUCCAGGGCUAAACACACACACACACAAGCACACACACACACACAAUGACCAAGAACCACACACACACACACACACACGCAUGCACUUAGAGAUACAUGUCGACAUGGUAACAGCUGCCCUACUAAUUUGUAAAUUAUCUUGUAAAUGAUAUGAAACACACACACACACACACACACACACACACACACACAUCAUAGAGCACCUAAACACACUUCUAUAGACACAAACUCAGACACGCUCAUAAACACACACUCUUUUUGGGAGACAACCAAUCACUCGCCUUGGGGGAAAAAGACCCCUCCCAACUUCAAAAUGGACGCCAACCCAUGGGGACCUCGGGAAGUGUCACGAAGAGGUCCGCAUCCAACGGCCAAUAGGAAGACAGAAGAGGACGGUUACUUCAGGAUGAAACGUGUUCUUCUGACAUCACAGAAUAAGCCCCGCCCCUUGUGGGAGGAGCAGGCGACUCGGUUUAGCCCCGCCCCCUUCUCCGCCCACUCUCCAAGCUGUCAGUCACUCCUCUCCUCCGCGCUGGACUCCUCCGUGAGAGAAGAUCGUUUCUCCACGCUAAUAACAUCUUGUUCGCUCUACUUUUGCUUUCGAUAUUUUAUUUACUAUUUAAAAAAAAAUACACUGCCUGCUUAAUCCAGAACAAAUAUACCCCUUCUAUCUUGCCGGUGUGUUGCAUUGUGGUUAAUGUAGUCCAAGUGGAGACAACAGGGAGGUGACCUUUAGGAGAAUCCAAAUGCCCAAGAGAGCAGCGUUAAGAACAGGACCAGCAGACCCCAGACCAGCUGUAGACCACCCCCCCCCCCCCCAGGGAGACGAAGGCAGUCCAGUCCAGUUGUACAGAGAUAGUAUUCUAUUGUAUUUAUUUAAAUAAGCCCAGCAGGGUGCUUUGGGAUCCAACUGAACCAGAACAUCAGGGGCUGCUUGGGGUCAUGACCCUAGUCCCCCCCCCCCCCCCGCCCCGCCCCAUAUCGUAUUCACUGGUCUGAAGGUUCUGUCAGCUGGGGCUGCUUAGGUCCCACCUGGUCCCAUGACCUCGGGGUUCCAUCAGGGGGGAGGAGGGGGGAGGUAGAGGGGGGAGGUAGAGGGGUCCGUAUGGCAGGGAGGAGUGGGUGGUUCCCUUCCCCAAGAGUCCGGAGAACCGCCCAGAACCGGAUCCAUUAUGUUUAUUAUUUUUGUUGGAGAAACAAUGUUUUGACAACAAUCAUGGUGCUGGAAAAAAGAAAAAGUAUUAUUUUAUAAUGUGUGUAAGUAAUUUUUUUAAAUUCUUGUUUCUGUAAUAUAUAACCUUUUUAAAAAGAGUCGCUGUUGUGUCGCCUGUUUCUCUUUUAAAAAGGUCGCCCAAAUAAACCAAUAAAAAGCAGAAGAGGUUUACAAAACAAUGUUGCUGGAUG